AUACAGAAUUGAAUCGUGCACAAACAAAAUUUCGUCUCUCUUUUAGGCACCGGUACCAGCACCACAGCGAGACACUGCACCACAGGAGCUUGUCAAUAGUCUGCAACGUGAAGCAGCCGAAGCUGCCGCGGCAGGCUCCAAGAAUGAGGAAGUGAUUGAGGAGCAGGACCAAGCAUUGGAGAAAUCUGGAGUCGAGAUGACCACUCAGGCUCCCUUGGGUGAUGUUCCCUCGACAGUAGUGCCAGAAGCUGAGGAGAAAGUCGUGGAUAUUACGAAUCUCAAACUGACUGACGAUCCGCUCUGCAAUUCCGAAGAUCUCAGAAAGCUCAUGCUUGAUAAUAUCGACGAUAAUUUAAACAGUUCAAAGCGAUUAAUUCAACUCGCAGCUGAGGCUCAGUUUGGAGGCAGAUUCGAUGUUAUUUGCGCCAAUGGAGAUUUCAGUUACGUAACGAACACAGAGCUGUUUUGCCAAGAAACUAAAGGUGAUAUCUCAUGCUAUACCUAUCGACAAUUAUAA